AUGCAAGACGGCGAGGACAUCACUCGCGACUCCUUCGAGGCUGCGGCGGCGGCGCUCGAGGCGCUGCUCGCCACGGCGGAGUUUGUGGCUGUCGACGCGGAGUUCACAGGCAUUAAACUGCCGGGGACAGUACCGCAAGACCAUGACUCGACGCAGGCGCGCUACACCAAGAUGCGGAGGGUGGCGUCCGAGUUCUCGCUCGUCCAGCUCGGAAUCUGCACCUUCCACCGCCCUCCGCCGGGCGGCGCCGCCGCAGGGAGCGCGCUGCAGGCGCGACCGUUCAACUUCUUUGUCCGCCGCGCGGCUCCGAGAGGCGGAGACAAGGUCGUCCUCGACUGCAGCACCGCCGAGUUUCUGCGCGGGCAGGGCAUCGACUUCAACCGCUGGCUCGACCACUCUGCUGACGCCGAGCGGCGGGCCCAGGGGAGGGUCUUCUCGCCCUCGAGGCCCGCGGAAGCCGCCUUUGUGAACGAGGCGAUGGAGCGGGUCGCCGCGUGGGUGGCGAGGGCGAGGACGCAGCACGCGAGCGGCGCACCGCCGGAGCCGCUCACGCUGCCAGAGUGCAACGGCUUCUUGCGCAAGUGCCUCUACGCUGCCAUUGAGCAUGCGCACCCGCCGGCGGCCCACAAGUGGCUGGUCACCGAGUCGCUGGAGGGCGAGGGGGGAGGGAACAAGGCGGUGCGGCUGCGCGUGCGGCCCGCCGAGGAGGCCGCGGCGGAGCCCUUCUCCCCCGCCAUGCACGCGGAGGCGCAAGUGGCCGAGAAGCUCAGCAAGCUGCGCGAGUCGGAGGGCUUCCUUCGCGUGUGGCGGGCGCUCGUGGCCGCAAAGGUGCCCGUCCUGGUCCACAAUGGGCUGUUCGACCUCCUCUUCCUCCACGACGCCCUCAUCGGCCCGCUGCCCGCGCCGUGCACGCAGUUCAAGGCGGCC